AUGCCGUUUGGUCUUAAGAACGCCCCAGCCACUUUCCAACGAAGUAUGAAUUUCCUACUCGACGACCUUCGCUACUCCGGUGUUCUUGUGUACCUGGACGACAUACUUAUCCACUCCCCGGACAUCCCGACCCUACUCAAACUGAUGGACAAAGUGUUCCACCGCCUACUCAACGCCGGCUACACCAUCAACCUACAGAAGUGUCAGUUCCUUCCGCCAACUCUACUAUACCUUGGCCACAUUAUUGAAGACGGAAUAAUCCGACCCAAUCCCAAGAAGGUCGAGGCCAUCCAAUUGCUCAAGUCGCCCCCCACGUCCCACGAAGUUCGUUCUUUACUCGGUGUCGCUGGGUUCCUGCAAGCCUUUAUCCCUAACUACUCCCAAGUUACUGCUCCCAUUACUGACUUGCUGAAGGGA